ACCAACAACAACAACAACAAACGUGAGACCGCCCUCACCUGGGCGGAGCGGAGAGAGUCGGACGCGAAAAAUUUGACGAUUUUUAGAAUAGAAAGAAAGAGACGCGAUCCCAAGUUAACGAUCUUUUGAACUGAAAGAAGAAACGUACGGAAGCGAAAUCUUCGACGAUCUUUUGAACAGCGCGAGGCAAGGUGAUCUUGACAACUCAUAGUGGCAAUCCCUAAAUAACCCAAACGCAUUUAACCAUAUCACAUAAUAGAUAGUGGACUCAAAUAGCAUGUUUUGCUGUGUCGUAAAAGAACGCGUACCUGUGUGUGCGUGUGCGUGUGUAAAAAUCAGUAGUGGUGUGUAAAAAAAUGAGUAGCAGGUGUGUCCAAGAAGGUGUAGUUGGUUCCAGACGUGUAGUUAUCGCGUAGUUUGUUGAAGACAAGCGUAUAUUGGUGUGUAGGAUUGUCAAGAGUUUGUGCACACUCGAGUUUCUCGUGGGAUUCAGAAUGGACACGAAAAAUGUGCGUGUGUGGAUGGACGGAAGCUUCGACCUGCUCCACUGCGGACACGCCAACGCCAUACGCCAGGAUCCUGAGUCGCUCUAGGUGUCCGACACCUGACUUGGAGGCUGCGCCCGACCAAUCCAUUCCGCUACAGGUGAUGACGGUAUCUUGUUAAAAACUAGAAUCAUUUUUAAAAAAUCCUAUCCUUUUAUCCCUCCUAUUGACCUGUGUUUGGGAGCUCCAGUGGUUUACCCUCAAAAGUAAUGUCGAGCAAGUGUCAGUGACAUGGGGUUAAGGGGGGUUGUCACUGGGGUGUGUCCUUCAUCAAGGCAUGACAACACCAUCAAUGCCAUGUUUGUGAAAUUCUUCUGUAUUGGUGUAAUAUUGCGUAUUUAUGUAUGUAUUUGCAUAUGUUUGUAUUUCUAAUAAUGUGUUCAUGCAUGUAUUUCCAAUAAUGUAUCAUGUUUGUACGUUUGUCGACAAGGGAAUCAAUGCAAUUUAAUUUAGUACAUUUAUAUAUUAUUAUAAUUUAUUUAUUUUCAUUAUACUGUCAGUUUAGUCACCACUUUGUAUAUCUACACCUGUGAAUUUUUAGACAUUAAAUAUUGUUUGCUAUAUCUAUACCUGUGAAUUGAUAUACAAUAAAUAUGGUGUGUUAUAUUAUUACCUCUGAAUUUCGAGACACUGAGUAUUGUGUGGUACAUGUAUAUAAGAGACCUCUGCCCCUGACCUACCCCAAGUUUGAGCGUGUUCUGGUUCAUUGUUUCCAUUUCAGCUGUUCUUCUAAGACUGUUUACUUCCUUGUACGUCGACAACUUGAUUAUAUAGAAGCAAAUCCAGUCAAUUUCUCUGUGAAAUGAAACAUCUUUUUCCCCAGACCGACUUCAUGGAUGACACUCAAGAGUCCGAGUUCGAGUCCAGCCGUUUCUUGAUCACGUCCUCAACAAUGGCCAAAUUCUCCAACCAGAAAUCUCCACGAUCAGGGGACACAGUGGUCUAUGUGGCCGGCGCUUUCGACAUUUUUCGUAUCCUUUUCUGCACUUCUUGAAUCAAAGCCAGCUCAAUCAAAUACGCCGUUUUUAUAGUCCAAGCUUGCUUUAACAAUCAUCAUCAUUCAGUGCCAGAUCAGCGACAGACAUCGGCCAUCAUGGUUAUCCACCCAUUCCUUUGCUCGGAUGCUACGUUUUCCUGAUAUUUUCCCGUUACCCAUUCGUUUAGGUUCCCUAAGUAGCUGGAUGUUCAAGACCUUUAUGCCUAUUUAGGUGUCCCCAAAACUGCAUUUGUCGUUCCCUGAUUGUUUUUCCUGAUUGUUUUUAACACACGUGGGCCUCUGCAAGCACUAACAAAACGCCUUUUUAAAAGUCAAAUCUCCCGCUCACAAUGCGCCCGUUUUUUGCAUCAAAAUC